AUGGGAUUGGUGGCUGUUGUUGUCCUGGUGAUCUUCUUCAGCGCCGUUGGCAAGGAGGACAAGUCGAAGAUGAAGCCUGUCAUGUGCGCGGGAGGGAACGGGACGCUGCGGAGGAUCUCGAGGGAGGCCUACGACUACUGGUCGAGAGUCAACCCCAAGGCUGAGAGGAGCCUUGUGAUCAUGCUUGGAGAUGGAUACGGGCCCGACGUCCACUCGAUGAGCAGGUCGGUGAUGAGGAAGAUGCUGGGCAACGAGAGCUACAGGCUGCCUCUUGACGACUUCCUCGUCGGCACCUCCAUCACCUCCGCCCUCGGCAACGUCAUCACCGACUCGGCGGCAGGGGCGACGGCGUACGCCAACGGCGUGAAGACGGUGAACGGAGCCAUCGGGGUAGAACCAGCGGAUCUGUCUGAGCAUGGCGUUCGCAAGUGCGCUGACUCUCUGGGAGGGACGAAGAAGACUCCAGACUGUCCGGUGGCCGAUCAGACGUCAUGCUGCCCACUGAAGAGGAUCGCCAACGCCUUCGAGGGAUGCAGGGCAAAGGGCAUGGCCACCGGCCUUGUUGUGUUGUUCGCUCAGGCAGCUCGACAGAACAAGGUCGUCUUUCAGAGUUUCCUUCUCAACUCCGUCAAGGAAGAGGCCAAAUCACGUUCCUCCUCUGAAACUGGGGACAGUGUUGUCAAGAGGGAGAUGACGGAGGCUGCGCUGACGAGACUCAAGGCAACGGGCAAGAAGUUCUGCCUCAUGGUCGAGGGAUCGCGUAUCGAUCACGCGCUGCACGGCAACGACGCGGCUGGAGCUGCCUUUGACACUUUUGCCUACAACGACGCCUUCGAGGCUGUGAACCGUUUCAUCGAGGCAGAACGCACCAGCGGGCACGAGAUCGAGGUCAUUUCUGUCGCCGAUCACAGCUGCGGCGGCAUCACCACGGGCAUGCAGACGAACUGGCAGCCGAAGUUUUCGCAGCCCAUCUGCCUGCCAGGAGGCUCCUGCCAAGUUCAGAUCGGGACGUCAGCAUAUGGCACCACCGAUGGAUGGACGCCGGAGGUCCUUGCUCGUGCUCGCAUCUCCCUCCCGCAGCUCUCGGCGCAGGUCUGCUGCAACCAAACCCUCAGGAAGUCUUUCCCCUCCGUCCUAGCAAGAAUCCAGGACGAGCUGGGCAUCUCCCCCAGCUCAGAGGACCAGGCGAACUUCCAGCAAGCGGCAUCCCGAGUUGCCUUCACAACAGCGUCGCACACCUCGGUGGACAUCAACGUCUACGCGUCUUGGGACAUCCAAGAUCGCUUCCGAGGGUCCAACGAGAACGACGAAAUAGGAAGGAGGAUAAUCCGGGAGGUGCUGGAGCUGGACUCUAGUGUGAUGGAUCCCAUCUCACAGGCACUCGAGGAGUGUCAAGUCCCCGUCGUGCCCUAG